AUGUACAUCAUCGAAAAUCCACAUAUUCCGAGCGCCCAUCCAAUUGAAGAAUCAUUGAAAGCAGGAACUGAAGUAGAAGUCAAAGGAGGAGUUCAUGAUGAAUUUGCCAUUGAACUUUUGAGUGGAGACAACAUUGUGCUCCAUAUGAACUUUCGUUUCGAAGAAAACCAUGAAUUGGUUCUCAAUAGUUUUCUAAACCAAGCAUGGGGAACCGAAGUUCGACAUCUCCACCCUUUGAGACGUCACAACCCGUUUUGUGUUCGAAUCUACGUUCAUGAAGGAUACUUCAAUAUAACUGUCAACAACGAUCUUCUGGUUGAAUUCGAUCACAGGUUCCCGGUCAUGGCGGUUCAAGCAAUCGGGAUCAAAGGUUCCGUUCAUGUGGAGACUAUCACUUUCAAAGGAUUCGAAUUUAAAACAGAGUGGAAACAACGCAAUAAUCUUGUGAAUGGAGCAGUGAGCUAUGCAUAUGACUCCGUACCAAAUGCGCCUUCAUUGGUUCAAAUUGAGGGAACACAGCAUUAUUAA